CUUUUCUGUCCAAUAUUAUUAUUUAAUCCACUAUUUCAUUAUAAUAAACAAGUAAUCAACUUGGGAUAAUUUACCUUUUUCCAAAGCCAACGUCGUCCAGAUUAGAUUAAUGCAUGACAAUUUCUGGCUGUUCUUUUUUCGACUGCGAUCUCCAGUUUGACAACGACUGUUGGCCCAGAAAAUGAAAGCGCCAUUAAAUUAACAUACCAACAUGUCCAUUACAAAACGAUAAAUUCCUGUAGAAGUGCCUCCUUCUUCUUCCAUUCCAGCACAAAGACACAACAGAACAACGUUCUUGGUCUUGAUUUCAAUUUCAGAUUUGCAGAGCUGAGAGAUGAAUGUCCAGAAAUCUAGCUUGAAAACGGAAGAAGGAGAUGGUAGCAGAAUCAGAGCAGAAAACCCACCAAAAUUUCAGAAUCUGCAACUAAAUCAAGUGUCUGAUUCCUUCAAUAAUAUGGCCGUUGACUCGAAAGACUUCUCCUCAUCAGAGAGGAAAGUUCGACGGCCAGAAAAUCUGAGAAAACCCAGAAUUUUACUUCCCAAACCGGUCGUUAUUUCUUCCACUAGGCCGGUGAGUGAGCUUGAUUCUGCAGCAACUAAGCUACAAAAGGUCUACAAGAGCUACCGUACCAGAAGGAACUUGGCAGAUUGUGCAGUUGUGGUUGAGGAACUAUGGUGGAAAGCUUUAGACUUUGCAGCUCUCAAGGUGAGCUCUGUGUCAUUUUUCGAUGUCGAAAAGACGGAAACAGCUGCAUCGCGUUGGUCCCGGGCGAGGACAAGAGCUGCUAAGGUUGGAAAAGGUUUGUCAAAGGAUGAGAAUGCUCAAAAACUAGCUCUGCAACACUGGCUUGAAGCAAUCGAUCCCCGCCACCGCUAUGGACACAACUUGCAUUUUUACUAUGAUGUUUGGUUUGACAGCAAAAGCACUCAACCUUUUUUCUACUGGUUGGAUAUUGGUGACGGGAAGAGGGUAAAUCUUGAGAAGUGCCCUAGAUCAGUUCUGUACAAGCAAUGCAUCAAGUACCUUGGACCAAAAGAAAGGGAGGAAUAUCAGGUGAUUGUGGAGGAUGGGAAGCUUAUUUACAGGCAAAGCAAAAUGCCCAUCAACACAGUUGAAGAUUCCAAGUGCAUUUUUGUACUCAGCACGUCAAGAGAGUUGUAUGUAGGGCAGAAGAAGAAAGGUCGUUUUCAGCACUCCAGCUUCCUGUCUGGAGGGGCCAUCACAGCUGCUGGAAGAUUGGUUGCCAUCAAUGGAGUUCUCAAGGCUAUAUGGCCAUACAGUGGUCAUUACCUCCCAACAGAGAACAAUUUUAAGGAGUUCAUAAGUUUUCUUGAAGAACAUGCAGUGGACAUGACCAAUGUCAAGAGGUGUUCCAUAGAUGACGACAGUUACUCAUAUAAAGAUGCGAGCGAAGAAACUCCAUCUACGACAUCUUCAGACGACACGAUUGCAGACGAUGUUGAAUUGGCAGUACCCAUCAAGUUGGUGACCACUAAUGAGCAGCAAGAGAACCCGAGUAGCAGCGAAGAAGCACCAUUGAUAGACAUACCAAAGCGCCUGCUGUGCAGAUGGAGCAGUGGAGUUGGUCCAAGAAUAGGGUGUGUGAAGGAGUACCCAGCAGAGUUGCAAGCACGGGCAUUGGAGCAAGUUAACUUGUCACCGAGACCCACAGCGGGUCUCUUCGGCAGCUCUGUUCCGAUACCUUCACCACGACCCAGCCCGAAGAUCAGGAUGUCCCCCAGGCUCUCAUAUAUGGGAAUCCCUAGUCCAAGGGUGCCUGUGACAGCUGCUAUAUAGAAGGGUUUAGACUCCUGCCCUCUGGGGCCCCUAACACUCUGAUUUGGGUCGCAUUUACAUGUAAAUUUAACUCACCCCUUGUCCUUUCUACCUGUGGUCCUGAAAUGAUUCCAAAAGUAUAGAUCUUGCUUAGCUGAAUCAUUGACUUUCUUUAAUGAAAUAAAGAGCAGAUAUUUUCUUGUACCAAUUCCCCAAAAAUAUGAAAAACUCUAUUUAUAGUUCAUACAUAGCCGAUGAAAUAAACAUCAGAUCCUUUCUUCUUCUUGUCA